AUGGCAGAUCAAAGCGCCGUCAGCGAGAAGGAAAUCUCGCCCUCGCACACGAGCACGCGGCUCAGCGACACUCCGACUGAGAGCGCGUCCAGCCUCAGAAAAGGGGAUAUCACACAGAAAACCGCCCUAGAUCUGGAAGCACAGACCGAGAAGAAGCGGCCGCGGAUAUAUGCCUUCAUCAGAUAUACACUGCUCGAUAUCUACCGUCGCCUGUUCUCGUUAGUUUUCUUUGCCAACCUUGCGGUCUUCAUUGCGGUCAUGGUCAGGGACCGAUCUCUCUUAUCCUUCGUCAGCGCAGCCGCCGCAAACCUGGUCGUUUGUGGCCUGGCACGACAACCUCUGAUCGUGAACGCCAUCUUCCUGAUCGUCUGCUCUAUUCCCCGAUCCGCGCCACUACGACUCCGCCGCAUCGCCGCGAAGGUCUAUCACUACGGCGGAGUCCACAGCGGCUGCGGCAUCGCGGCUUUCGUGUGGUAUAUCGGCCUGGUCGCUCUCGUCUCGCGGGAGUACUGGUUCCCCAGAGACGCUCCCAUUGUCGCCAUUUCGACCGCUGUUGUGGUUCUCUCAUAUGUCAUCCUAGCCCUGCUACUGGCCAUUAUCGUCGUCGCAUAUCCAACUUUCCGGUUCAGACGACAUGACUAUUUCGAGCUGACCCACCGCUUUGCAGGCUGGCUGGUCGUGGCGCUCUUCUUGGCACUGCUGCUGCUCUUCGCCAAUGAUGCCCGACAGGCCCAACGCCUCAGCCUCAGCCUCGGCCGAUAUCUUAUUCAGCUCCCGGCGUUCUGGUUCCUCAUGGUGACGAUCGUCGCGAUUAUCCACCCUUGGUUGCUGCUGCGCAAGGUGCGGGUCCGGCCAGAGGUUCUAUCUCGCCACGCAAUCCGAUUGCAUUUCGACCACGCCACAACCACGUUCGGGAAAGGUAUCCAACUGUCGAAGCACCCCUUGCAGGAUUGGCACGGCUUCGCAACCUUCCCGGAUCCAGAUGGGAAGAGCUUCUCCUGUCUGGUGUCUAAGGCUGGCGAUUGGACCACAGACUGUAUCCAGCACCCGCCUACCCACCUCUGGAAGCGCGGAGUGCUGAUCUACGGGUUUGCAUACGCGAUGCGGGUCUUCCGAAGGGUGAUCGUGGUGACGACUGGGUCUGGAAUUGGACCGUGCCUGUCAUUCUUGGGCGACGAGCAUCGCCCUGCGAUGAGGGUCGUGUGGCAAACGCGGGACCCGCUCCAGACGUACGGGCAAGCGGUUAUCGAUCUGGUGGAGAGGAUGGAUCCCGAUCCCGUGGUGAUUGACACAAGCAAGAGCGGGCGUGUCGACAUGUUGCCGAUCGUCCAGCAUCUCGUGGGCGACUUCGCGGCUGAGGCGGUCUGCGUGAUUAGCAAUCCUGUAUUGACUAAAAAGUUGGUGUUUGGACUUGAGGCGAGGGGUGUGCCUGCCUUUGGGCCCAUCUUCGACUCUUGA